UCCCUAGUGUUAAGCAAAGAAGGAAAUACUAGAGAGAGAGAGAGAAAUAUAAGAAGAGAGCAGAGAGGGAAAAGAGGAGAGAGAAGACUUAUUUGUCUGUUUUGGUGUUGCCUUUGCCUUUCGUUGUUGAUCGAGCCUCUGCGCCGCUCCGGUGCUGAGUCUCAUCGGAUCCUUUCACUGUGAUCCGAUUUAUUCAAUCUUUGGAAAAAACCCUUAGUUUUACUCUUUUUAUAAUUUACUUUCAAUUUUUAUUGGUUGAUCAAUUUCUGUUUCUAACUCUCUUUUUUUGUAGAAAAUUUUGAUCGAUUUGAAUGUUUGUUUAGGUUUUUUCUAGGGAGGAAUAAUCAAUCGAUUUUUGAAGUAUAGAGACUGAUUUGAAAACCCUAAUUUGGAGGCCGUCAUAUAUAUUUAGAACGAAACCCUAAUUUGAAUGGCUACAGCUACUAACCCAACGCCGACAUCGGCGCUUCAUCCACUAAGGAAUACUAACACCGAUUCCGGCGCAGCCUCUCUCGGCAGCCCCCGGCGAUCUCCGGCGGCGCGUGGCGCGUGGACUCAGAUCGUUCGCGGCGGCGAAUCAGAAUCUCUGAUUGCGGCAACCUCUUCUUCUCCUCUUUCUCCUUCGUCUUCGUCGGAGCAGAUCGUUAACUCCUCUAAUGAUCGCUCGCCUUCUAAAGUUGCUGGAAAUACCUCUUCGUUUUCGCCUGAGGAUGCUGUCGUAGAAGCACAGGUUGACAGCUCCGAUAAUAGUAGCAAUGCUGCUAAGAAACCUGUGUGGAAUAAACCGUCAAACGGUGCUGUUGAGGUUGCCAGUCCGGUAAUGGGUGCUGUCUCUUGGCCUGCUCUUUCUGAGUCUACAAAGGCUUCCCCAAAAGCUGAUUUACUCAAAGCUUUGCCGGAGGGAUCAGAUGCUUUAUCACAGGGUACAGGAAUGACAUUUCCACCUUCUCAAAAGCAAGUUAAUCCUAAGAAUGUCAACACUAAUUCAACUCCAAACCAUGCUCCCACCCGGCAAAGGUCUAUAAAGCGUGGUGGUGGUAAUCAAAGCAAUUAUCCAUCAUCGAAUGGUGGAUUUCCCCAGCAGCAGCCACUACAGGGUUCAGUGGUGGAAAUAACCCAGAAUAAUUCUGGGAAAUCCGGUAAUUCUGGUGCUGAGUCUACUUUGAGGGUCAACAAUCAUCGAGAUGGAGGGCAGCGGGGAGGAUUUGGAUCUCAAUCCCCUGGUGGUAAUGAGCAUCAACAGCAUCGGAGUUCUUAUAGGAGGGGGAAUGGUGGGCCGCAUCCCCGAGGAGAUGGCUCUUAUCAUCAUGGUUACGGAGGCAGGCGUGAUCAGGAGCGUGGUAAUCAGGAUUGGAACCCCAAUAGAAGUUUUGGUAGCCGAGAUGCCAACAUGCAACCUCAGAGAGGUCCAACUGGGCCAUUCUUUCGUGGCCCACCUCAUGCUUCUCCACAUUUUAUGCCGCAACCCUUGCCUGUGCGGCCGCCUUUUGGGGCUCCCAUGGUUUACCCUGAAGUUCCGCCUCCUGUUAUUUAUGUUCCAGGCCUACCCACAGAUCCUCUCAGAAUGCCUAUGAUUGCUCCUAUGCCGCCUAUGUUCUUUCAUGUUCCAGAUACCCAAUUGUAUUCUAAAAUAGUGAGCCAGAUAGAUUAUUAUUUCAGUAAUGAAAAUUUAAUUAAGGAUACAUUCUUGCGGCAGAACAUGGAUGAACAAGGAUGGGUUCCAGUUAAUCUUAUAGCAGGCUUCAAAAAAGUGAUGCAGCUGACAGAUAAUUUACAGCUAAUGCUGGAUGCUGUGCGUUCCUCAACAGUUGUAGAAGUGCAGGGAGAAAAGAUAAGGCGAAGAAAUGAUUGGAUGAAUUGGGCCAUGCCGCCGUCAGUUCAGUAUUCAACUGUGUCAAGUCCUCUGUCUCAUAAAAAAUCUAGUACUGAUUCACUUGCAGAGCAUUUCCAAAGUGUUGUAUUUGAUGAGAAGACAGAGCAAUUCACAUAUCAUAGUAGAUCAUCUUCUGCCGAAUUAAGUAGCUCAUCUAAACAGUCUGACAAUGAGAUUGGUGAACAAGCUGUUGCUCAGCGUGGGCGGCCAAUGCCAUUUGGAAAUCCAACUAAUUGAAAAUCAACUUCAUUUCAUGGUGAAGAAAGGAAGCACAUGGUUGGUGAAUAUUGUGCUUUAUUAUGGAAACAACGAGUUUGGUCUUUGCCAAUGCUGAUGGACAAAGCAUGAAGGAAAUAGAAGGAAGCACCUAAAAGGGUCAGGAAAAAGAGAAUAUUGAAAUAAAACAUACUUGAUAAAAGAAUCAUGUUGACUUUUAAGCUGGCAGCUUGAGUUUGUUUGGGAUGUAUAUUUUUUUGGGAUAAAGUAUCUUUUACUAUCAUGUUAUGUUGGUCGUGUGUCGUGGUGGUUACGUUAGAACCAGGGGGAAUUUUGAUUCUAUACUUCCCCAUUAGCCCCUAUGCUGUUUGAUUUUAUUAUCUUAAGAUUUGGGGUUAAAUCUCCUAGCUUGCAAAGGAGGUAAGCUUAGAGAAAGGAGUGCAUGUUGCUAGCUUCUCAUUUUAAUGACUCAAAAAAAGUCUGGUAUUGUUGUUUUGUGCUGCAAUGCUGUGGCGACUGCAGUAGCGCCCGUUGACAUGUGACUAUGGUGUUAUAUCUGGUACCUUUUCUUUUAUAGCCCUAAAGACCAUCUUUUUAAGUA